AUGGAGAAAUCGUUUGCAGGCCUUCUGCGUAAUUCACGGUUAGCGAGAUACGAUCGUAAGCUUGCUCAAGUGUACUGUGUCUCUCGAGAGAAUCAGCAAAAGGGCAAUUGGGGCUUGAAGCGCAACCUCCCCAGCGUGAUCCGCACACCAUUUGUGACCAUUUCCGAUUUGGAUACGGCAGAACAUCAAACGCCAUGGCGAUCGGGCACCGACCAGGUUAUGUUUGUGCGUCGUUGGAAGGAGAACUUUGUCAACUCAAAGAAACCGGUUCCUCGGCCCGAACAUGUUGAACACAAUGUGGCUCUUAUGACACCUGCUCAGUUUAAGCACUUUGCCAAACAAGCUGCCAAACGCUCGCCUGAUUUUCAUCAAAAGUUACAAGACAAGGUGUUGAAGAAGGAGCAAAUCUUUGAAUAUCUUGGUGUUACUUUCAACGAUAGCCCAGCAACCGGUGUUGUGGGUCCAACCUACAGUGAGCAUCAAGUGGAGAUGAAUUACCCCGUCCAAGGUCGAUUCCUCAACAAUGAUCGUGAAGGUUAUGCAGUGGGUAUCGGUGGUGUCGUAGCCUUGUGCUUUAAGCGUUACGUUUCCAAUCCUCGAUUGCAUGGUGACAGACGACAACGCAUCUUUUAUGUCGAAGAAGCUUCCAUUGAUCCACAAGGUAGGCCACAUGUGGUCGUCAGCCCAUACAAACCAGGUGUUUCUUCCAUUCCUUCGAUUCUUGGUGGUGAGGACGCCGAGGGUGAUGUGCUAUUAUCAUCAUCAAAUGGCAUGAAGGCUGAGGACCUAUGGAACACAAGCCGGGUACGUCAGGAACGACCGAUGCAGGACAAACCAGAUAAUGUACAAGCAAACCCCAAGCAUAAAGAGUUAAUGGAGUGCCUCGAUGUCUUUACUGAUAAAUACGGCUCAAAAAAGAAUUAG